CUAUCUCACUAAAACCCUCCACUUCCCUCCCUCCCAAACCAUUCCUCCUUCCCUCUCUCUCUCUCUCUCUCUCUCUCUCAACAUUCGCUUCCAGUUCUUUCAAUCGUUAUUUUAUUUUCUCCUUGUAAAAGAUGGAGACGAUGGCCACAGGAGGGGAAGACCAGAAUCGGAACAUAAAGAAAAUAAGAUUUGUUUUCUUCGGCUCCGAGUUAACCGACUCAGACAUACUCAAAGCCCUCUCUCAAUGCGGAAACAGCCCAGACGCAGCAAUCAACUACAUCCUCGACACCCCCGGGUUCUUACCGCCUCCCUCAGACGUCAAGCGGACGGUUACCAGCACUGGAGCCAGGGUUUCCGCACCCAUCAAGGGAGCAGGUAAAUCUGAACUGGGUUGUGUUUUGAAACCUGAUGUUAGGGUUCUUAAGGAAGAAUCUGAUGUGGGUUUGGCUAAUAAGUGUAGUGUGGAGGGAGAAAUCGCGGGUUCUGAUUGUGUUUUGCAAUCAAACCCCGUGAUUUUUGAUGUAGAGGGAGAAAUCGCGGAUACUAAUAUGGAGGAAGAAAUCGUGGGUUUGGAUUGCGUUCAAGAGUCGGGUGAUGGGGUGAGAGUGAAUGAGGAAGAAUGUGAUAUGGGGUUCUUGGAUAAGGAAGACAAAAUGGUGCUCUCUGAUUGUGUUAGAGAAUCGGUUGAUGGGAUGGAACCGGGUGAUAGGGUUAAGGAAGAAUCUGAUGUGGGUUUUGUGGGUAAGGACUAUAUGGAGGUAGAAACAGUGUGUUUGGAUGAUGAGUUGAAAGUGAAUGUUAGGGUUAAGGAAGAACCUGACGUGGGUUUUGUGAGUAAGGAGAUUGUGGAGGUUGAAAAUGUGGGGUCUGAUUCUAUUAAGAAAUCAAGGCCCAAGAUGUCGUUUGACGAGUUUCUCAAGGCUACGAAUACAAAAGUUAUGGCUGAUGAUGAGUAUCUCAAGGCUCAGAUGAAGAAAGAGCCAAAGGAAGGUGAGUCGGAUUGUGGGUCAGAGGGGGGUGUGAAGAAGGAGGAAGUAAUUGUUGGUACUGAGAAGAAAGAACCAGUGGUUAAAGUGGAGCCUGAUUUGGGGUUGGAGAAUAAGGCUCCUAUGAAAGAGGCAAAGGAAGAUAGAUGGUCAUCGAAAAGCUUUCGCGAGAAGUUCGAAGAACAUUGUAGGUUGGAAAUGGAGGCUAAGCGCGGUUUGCAAAAGCCGGCUCAAGUGAAGAAAGAAAUGGGUGAGGAUAGGAAGCAGUUGAGUACAGUUGUGAUUGAGGACGGGGAUUUUCCAGAGGACCCGGAUUGGUUAUUGGUGGGGAGGAAUAUGGUUACCGGGCUUUCAACUACUAGGGGAAGGAAAUUAGAGAACAACGAGAUUGUUCAUCUUGCUUUCCCGUCCUUGGAUGCAAGGAAUAGGUCGGGCUCAAAGUGGUUGAGUGCAAGGUCUGCAGCUUCAGAAAUCGUUCGCUUCUCCACCAAACGGUCUGGGGAGAUUGGAAGGUUGCCAAUGGAGUGGGCAAAAUGCCUCAUUCCGCUAGUCAAUUCUACAAAGGUUAAAGUCCUUGCCCGGUGUAUAGCUGCACCUGCAAAUCUUCAGUUGAUGCAAGAGAUAAUGUUAUAUGUCAGCUUUUAUAUUCACAAGUCCAUUUUCACGGCGUGUGAGAAGUCCUCAUGGAGGCUGGAUUCACCCUCAAACAUUGACACCACAAUUUACCCUCUCCUAACACUUUUCAAAUUGUUGAAGAACAAUCCAUUUCAGAAGGCUGAAUUCACACCAGAGGAACUUGAUUCUCGGAAACGGUCACUGAAUCUAGAAGUUGACUCAGAUGAAGCAGCAUCCAUGAUGCCCAUAGUGAAACGGAGGAAGGGUUGCGAGCAGUACCCAGAACAGAAUAAGGAUGAACAAGCUCUCUCUGAAUCAUCUUUGAACAAACUUGUUGGUGCUGCAGAUGUGUAUAACUUGGAGGAGAUGGAGCCUCCUGAGACUCUUAUGUGUGACUUAAGGCCAUACCAGAAGCAGGCUCUCUACUGGAUGUCAGAGUUGGAGAAGGGAGUGGAUGUUGAGAAAGCAGGAAAAACCCUUCAUCCAUGCUGGGCAGCAUACAAAAUAUGUGAUGGGAGGGCUUCUUCUAUUUAUGUGAACAUAUUUUCCGGUGAAGCAACUACGAAAUUUCCAACUGCAAUGCAGAUGGCAAGAGGAGGAAUUUUAGCAGAUGCAAUGGGGCUUGGAAAAACUGUGAUGACAAUUGCUCUAAUACUUUCAAGAACUGGUAGGAGCUCUGACUACCAAAAGCUUGUUUCAGAAGCCUCAGAUGAAGAUGAGCAUGUAAAGAAAAAGAAAGAUUCUGAUACAAACAAGCCGGGAGUAAGAGGCCGUACUCUAAUUAUUUGUCCUAUGGCCUUGCUAGGCCAGUGGAAGGAUGAGCUCGAUAACCAUUCACAGCCAGAAAGUAUUUCAACUUUUGUACACUAUGGUGGGGAUAGAACCAAUGAUCCCAAGGUGAUUGCAUCACAUGAUGUGGUCUUGACAACGUAUGGUGUGUUGACUGCAGCUUAUAAGAAGGAUGGUGAAAACAGCAUUUUCCAUAAAAUUGAGUGGUAUAGGGUGGUUUUAGAUGAAGCUCAUACUAUCAAAGCCUCAAAGACCCAAGGUGCCCAAGCUGCCUUUGCAUUGUCCUCUCAUUGUAGGUGGUGUCUUACAGGUACCCCUCUUCAGAAUAAUUUGGAAGACCUCUAUAGCCUCUUAUGCUUUUUGCAUGUUGAGCCAUGGUGCAACUGGGCAUGGUGGUCGAAACUGAUUCAAAGGCCCUAUGAGAAUGGUGACCAGAGAGGACUGAGAUUGGUUAAAGCAAUUCUGAGGCCACUGAUGCUGAGGAGGACAAAGGAGACAAAGGAUAAAGAAGGAAGGCCCAUACUUACUCUCCCACCAACCGACAUCCAAAUCAUCGAAUGUGAACAGUCGGAAGCUGAACACGACUUUUACAGUGCUCUCUUCAAGAGAUCUAAAGUCCAAUUUGACCAAUUUGUCGCACAAGGCAAAGUGCUUCACAACUAUGCAAAUAUUCUUGAGCUGCUACUUCGAUUGAGGCAAUGCUGCAACCACCCGUUUCUAGUCAUGAGCCGAGGGGAUUCACAGGAGUAUGCAGACCUAAACAAGCUCGCAAGAAGGUUCCUUGAAACCGAUCCUGAUUCUGCCACUCCAAACCAAAAACUCCCAACUCGAGCAUAUGUUGAAGAGGUGGUGGAGGAAAUCAGGCGUGGUGAAAACACCGAAUGCCCCAUAUGUCUAGAAUCAGCAGAUGAUCCAGUCCUCACACCUUGUGCACAUAGAAUGUGUAGGGAAUGCCUUCUCUCAAGCUGGCGGACCCCAUCAGCUGGAGUAUGCCCAAUAUGCCGCCAACUACUAAAGAAGACUGACCUCAUUACUUGUCCGUCAGAAAACCGUUUUCGUAUUGAUGUGGAGAAGAACUGGAAAGAGUCUUCUAAGGUUACAAAGCUCUUGGAAUGCCUGGAAAAUAUAGCAAAGUCUGGCUUGGGGGAGAAGAGCAUUGUUUUUAGCCAGUGGACUUCGUUUUUGGAUUUGCUUGAGAUACCAUUGAGGAGGAAAAAAAUUGGGUUUUUGAGGUUUGAUGGAAGGCUUGCGCAGAAACAAAGGGAGAGGGUUUUGAAAGAGUUCAAUGAGACUAAUGAGAAAAUGGUACUCUUGAUGUCACUUAAGGUAGGAGGCGUGGGAUUAAAUCUGACUGCAGCUUCUAGUGUCUUUCUUAUGGAUCCAUGGUGGAAUCCGGCGGUAGAAGAGCAAGCAAUAAUGCGAAUUCAUCGCAUUGGUCAAAAACGAACCGUCUCAGUUAGAAGAUUCAUUGUCAAGGACACUGUGGAGGAAAGGAUGCAACAAGUUCAAGCAAGGAAGCAACGGAUGAUAGCCGGAGCUCUGACCGAUGAGGAAGUCCGAUCAGCCAGGAUUGAAGAACUUAAAAUGCUCUUCAGAUAAAUCUGUCAUUGUGUAAAUUGUGUUAUGUUCUUAUCACUUAUCAACAAUUUAGACUAAAUUAGAGAGCAAGUUGAUGCUCUAAGGGGAGGAGCAUUUUUUUGUAUAGGAGAGCCAUGUUCUAUUUUCAAAAUUCUCGUUGCUCCAUCAAUGAAUUUGGGAAGACAAUCCAACUCGGGUCAAUGAGACCACCCCCAAUUUU